AUGCACAAAAUUGGCAAUAGUUAUUGGGAGGUUACUAAAUUUGGAAAUUUAGCUUUCAAAGGAGUUACAAUUGUUACAAAUAUUGAAAUUCCAACAGUGCCUACAUUUGGAAUUAAUGUUUUUGACGGAAUCACCACAUUAAAACACACUGAUUUGGCUGAAAAUAUAAUAAUUCCUGAAGGGACUUUUUCGGGAUGCUCGGAGUUAAAUAACGUUUCAAGAACACAGAAAGUUGCAACAGUUAGAAAAGAAGCUUUUAAAGAUUGUGCUAAACUUGAGAAUCUCAAUUUGUAUGCACCACUCACAUCAUUAUCAGAUACCUUGACAACUGUAAAGAACCUGUUCUUCCAUGGAACUGCAGAACCAACAACUUCCCCGACUGAAACUGAAUUGAAUAGCAAUUUGAAUAUUUGUGUCACUGAAAAUUACACAGUUUUGAAGUUUGGAAAGUUGACAGUACUCAAGUCGGUAUGCAUCAACUUUGAGUGUGUUGAUGUCUCUCUUGCAGUAAAACCAUCGGGUAAAAUGGCUGUCACGCCAAAGUGCAAGAACUGUGAAAACAAUUUCUUGAGUGUUGAUGGUGCUAACUAUUACUGCGAGUAUGAUAUGGCUGUAUGUUUGGCUGCUCACGCUAAUUGCAAAGUCUGUGCUGUUGAUAAAUGUUAUCAAUGUAAGGAUGAUAAAUAUUUGAAAGAAGACCUCUUUGAGUGUUUUGAUACUUGUGACAAUUGGUAUUUCAAAGACACGACAAGUGAUACAAUUCACAAAUGUGGUAAAUGUAUUACUGAUUGUAAGACUUGCACUGAUGCAACAAAAUGCACCGAAUGCACAACUGAUAAUCUCAAACCAGACAAUACUUGCAAAGCAAAAAUCCCAGAGGGUUAUUACGCAAAAGAUAAAGUUUGUACUGCUUGUGUUGCUAAUUGUAAGACUUGCACCGAAGAAACAAAAUGCACUGCUUGCAAAGACGAUGCUCUAACAGUUGAAGACACCAAAAAGUGUGUGAAAGACAAAUGUCCAGAAAUGUAUUACAAAUCUGAAGCAGACAAAAUGUGCAAGAAAUGCACUGACAAAUGCAAAGUCUGCAGCAAUGCAAAUGACUGCCAAGAGUGUGUUUCACCAAACAUGUUAGAGGAAGGAAUUAUGAAAUGCGUUGAAAAAUGUGAAGACGGGUUCUAUAAAGCAAACAACACAAAUCGCGAUAUGUGCAUGGAAAAGUGCAUUAUGUGUGCAUCCAAAGAAAAGUGCGACAAGUGUAAAGAAAACUUCUUUUUAUCUGAAGACAAAUGUGUUGACAUGUGUCCAGAGAAGUACUUUGAAAAAGAAGGAAAGUGUGAGAAGUGCAAAGACAAAUACGAAACUCCAUGCAAAGAAGGUGACAAGGACACAAACUUCACAAACAAUGUGAAGUUUGUGUGA